UCUUACUCAUCAACACAAAGAUGACUGGAUAUUAAAAUAUAAAUAAGAAAAUAUUCGUUUGAAUUUCUUCACUCCUUCUACUAAAUACUUCUUUUAAAUACAUUUAAGAGGAAAUUUCAAGAUGUAACAGAUUCCUCAGAGAUAUCGAAUUCGAAUGAUGGAAAGGAAGAUACUCGACGGAAAUCAUUAUGCAUAUCCGUUACGACCAAGUUUUAACAAAUGUAUAAACUUUUUAACAGGCUCGAUAAUGAAAUAAACGAAACGAGGGUAGAAUACGUAUAUCCUUAUCUAUUACGUGUAACUAUAAUUAUGUUGGUACAUAUAAAUACGCGCACUUGUGCGUUUUAUAUCACAGUACCUAUUUUCGUUGCACCCAAUAAGGAUUUAACGAGUGGAGAAAGAUGCAUUGCCUCAAAUAUGGUAAAAUAAUAAUUACGUUACUCGUCGUAACCACGAGCCUCGGUAUCGAUUCGACCAGUCUGAUCGAAAUCGAUUUUGGGCAAAAAAUCAUUCCUCCAACGCCGAAAUUUCAAGGGACAUUCGCGGAAACUCACGAGCACGAAACUAUCGCUAAUCGCAUAAAAUCGUGGAGAAAGACGGACAAGCAGAAUAUUUGGGAACUAAGCGGUUUGUACGAAGGAGACAUAAUGACCACCGAGGAGGACGAGAUAAAGAACGGUCUGAUAAAAACAGCGUUCCGUUGGCCAGGCGGUGUCGUACCCUAUUACAUAAAGGAGGAAGAUUUUGACGAAGAAGAUAUAGAGGUGAUCAAAAACGCCAUAGAGGAUUACCAUCAGAACACGUGCAUACGUUUUCGCCCUUACGAAAAAUCCGAUAUCGAUUACAUCACUAUAGAGGCCAAAUCGUCGGGAUGUUGGUCCCUGGUAGGCAGGCACGAUCGCGGCCAAGUGGUGAAUUUGCAGAAUCCGGGAUGCGUGCAACAUGGCGUGAUCGUGCACGAGCUGAUGCACGCACUGGGCUUUUAUCAUCAGCAAAGCGCCGCGGAUCGCGACGAAUGGGUGGCGAUCAAUUGGGAAAAUAUAAAGCCAGGAAGGGAACACAAUUUUAACAAAUACGACAAUCGAACAGUGACCGAUUAUGGGAUCGGUUACGAUUACGACAGCAUAAUGCAUUACAGCUCUUACGCGUUCUCGAAAAAUGGCGAACCGACCAUCACACCGAAAAAGAAAAACGUGAAACUUGGCCAACGAAAAGAAUUGAGCGAGAAAGACACGCUCAAGUUACGUGAAAUGUACAAGGAGGAAUGUGGCAAACGAGAGAUGAACGGAACUGCGGGUAACAAUUCGAUGGAUGAUAUAUCGAUUGAGUGGAUUCUUAGUAAGAAAUUGUAAUUGAUUUUAAAAAGUUCGAUUCUUUUAUAAAUAAUAAAAAUAACAACAAAAUAUUGUUUAGUUUGGUAAAAAAAAAAGUUAAUAUUCACAUGUUUUGUUGUCAGAUACAAAAAAAUGAAAUGUUAAAAUGUUUGGAAAAAAAAUAAGAAAAUGCAUCAAGUAACAGGA